CCGGCAGAAAAUUGAUGGGAUGCAUUGGGAGCGGAGUGCUGUGCGCGAGUGAAGAUUGUUGACAGUAGUAAUGAAAAAAGUGAUCGUAUUUAUUAUUCUCACUCAACAGUUAGCUGUGAACCAGUGAAACAAGUCCAUCGUUUAUAUCGUAAAUUUUAAUAUUUUAAUGUGGUGACUACUGAUUUUUUUCAUAACACUAAGCGGUAAACAGAAGCGGAUGCAGCAAAAGGCAGCAACAUGUGCGAGAAUGAACACAACGCGGCUCCACUGUUGUUUGAUUUCGAGUUGCAUGCUGAUUACUGCAUAUCCAGUCUAGCACCCAUCGCCUUCUAAACAUGGGACAUCAAGACGCAGGUGUUUUCCGACCGAAGGUUGGUCGCACCUUUGUCUUGACAUUGGCAAUGGGUAUACUGUUUGGAUUCAGCUUUGCAUAUAUAUUACUUGCCACAAGCCGUGUGGCAGUGGGUGAAUUGAGCCUUUAUCCUGUUAGCAGGCCAAUGUACUCUCAUGACCCACAUCAUCACAGUGAUUUGGAUAAUAUCCAAGGACCGGACAUUGGCUCAUUUGGUGUCCACAGCCACGAAGAAGAGUUUCACAAAGAUGAAGACAAAGUAGCCCGUAAAUUGGCGCAGAAAGUCAGAGUGCUCUGCUGGGUGAUGACUUCACCAAAGAAUCAUAAUCUGAAGGCACGUCACGUCAAAGCAACUUGGGGGCAUCGGUGUAAUAAACUCCUUUUCAUGAGCAGCACCAAUGAUACGUCAUUACCAACUGUUAAACUCCCAGUGAAAGAGGGUAGAGAUCAUUUAUGGGCCAAAACAAAAGAAGCAUUUCGUUAUGUGUAUAAUCAUCAUCUAAAUGAUGCUGACUGGUUUAUGAAAGCUGAUGAUGACACUUAUGUGAUAGUAGAAAACUUGCGCUACAUGCUGUCUGCUCAUAAACCUACUGACCCAUUGUACUUUGGUUGCCGAUUCAAACCAUAUGUAAAACAGGGUUACAUGAGUGGUGGUGCAGGUUAUGUUCUGAGUCGAGAGGCAGUGAGAUUAUUUGUGGAGGACGGACUUCCAGACAAGAAAAAAUGCCGUCAAGAUCAUGGUGGAGCUGAGGAUGUUGAGAUGGGUAAAUGUCUAGAAGCUGUGGGGGUUAAGGCUGCUGAUUCACGAGAUUCUCUUGGUCGAGGCAGGUUCUUUCCAUUUGUUCCAGAACAUCAUCUUAUUCCUGGACACACUGACAAGAACUUCUGGUACUGGAACUAUAUUUAUUAUGAAUCAAAAGAGGGCCUGGAGUGCUGUUCUGACAGUGCAGUCUCCUUUCACUACGUUUCACCUAAUCACAUGUAUGUGCUUGAAUACCUUAUUUAUCAUCUACGCCCAUAUGGAAUUACUCAUUAUGUGGAAGAGCAGGUUUCUUCAGAUGAGCCCAUAACAGAAAAAGCAUCUGACAGUGGAACAUUAAAACCUACAAAACGUGAAAUCAAAAAUACUCAUUGAGGAAGUGGAGAUUCAUCAAAGGUGAUACAAGAUGUUAGUUUGGAGUUCAAAACAUAUACUUACAGUUACCUGUAAAUGGUUGAAAAGCAUAUGUGGAAGGCCUUGUGAAACCAAGGUUCUUUUAUUUCCUAUGAAUACCUCUGAUACCUGUUAAAGUGAUUUCUUAAGAGUAAGAAAUAACGGAACUUUUUUUACUGUGUUUUCAAUUUUAAGCAGAAAGAAAAAUUUCAGAUGUGACUGAAAUGAAUCACGUUUUAGUGUUCUGAGAUUUUGUAUGUUCCAGGGUUCAGUAUUCUUAAGCCAUAGAUCUGCCAUUAAUAUGAAGGUGUUUAGGUGGUAAUUGAGGAACUGAUUGUAGUUCAGUGUCAUGUUUCAAUUUUUAAUUUUAGCUGUCUUAAUCAGCUUUUGAAGUCUGACUAUGAUACUGAGUUUUUUGCCAGUAAAGAAACUAUUGUGAAAAUUUUGAGUAGUUAAAAAGAGACAGUGUUGACUCCUUGAGAGCUAAUGACUAGUCAUGUUAGAUUUUUGCCAUGGGUGAAUUCAUGCACUCUUCUGUCUGUGAUAAUAAGAAAAGGAUUCAUAACACAGUAUUGUUGUGACAAUUUUGUACAAACUAGGUUGCUCAUUAAUGAUUAUUCCUGGGAUGAAAGACUCCAGUCGCUCUGGUGUUUGAGGAGCAACAGUAAUGUAUACUGGUGAAAUUCUUGUGAUCAAUAGAUUUUUGAUUUUGUGGAGAAAGAUUUGUACGUGUAUGUGAGUUUAAUUUGUUUGGUAAUUGAUGUAUGUCCUCUUAGCAGAAAUUGAAGAAUGAGGAAAAUUUGUGGAUUACUACAGAUGUCUGUGAUUGUGCCAUAUCAGGACUUCUGUAUAGGUUUAAUAGCUUACAUAUCUUAAAUACAACUUUGAAGUUUGUAGUUUCUUUUAUCCUGUGUGCAUUUACUUGUCCUUGAAACAAGCUGAAUUAAAAAAAACUAAAUAAAUAAAAGCAGGGCCUUUGGCCAGCUGUUCUCAUUGUGUGCGUUGUUUAAUGGCCACCAUUGUCUAAUUUAAUGCUGCCUAAUGCAUAACUUACUGUAUACUAUAAAUAGAGUGCACCGUAGUGUAGUGGCUGUAUUUUCAACAAAAACAUUUAGUCUUGUGAUUAAAUUUAUAUACUUUUCCAAUUCUUUUGAUACCACUCAGCACCUAGUAACAAUAUCAGUAUCUUAGGUCAGUUUGCAUAUAAAUUUUUUGGAUGUAAGGCAACUGUGGAAGAAAAGACUGAUAUAUGAUAUUAAUGAGUGAAAUCACACUGUAUUUCUUGUAUUUUUGCAGAAUCUCUCUCUCUCUCUCUCUCUGUUUAAAAUUCUUUUUUGCUCUGCUUUGCUGUGUGUGAGCUUAUCUACUGUAAAUCAUCUCAUAUGCUUUUCUUGUGAAUUUCUUUUGUUAUGCUUAGACAGUGAAGAUUCAUUGUUUUUAAUUCUGAAUUCAGUCUGUAGAAAAUGUUAAUGUAAACAGUUAUUUGUCAUAACUAGAGACUUUAUAAGAUAAGAGUCUGCAGCAGCAUUUAAUUUCUGUGUAUUGUGCAGUGGUCCUACAUGUAGUGUUCACAACAUAUUUUCAUACUCUAAGAAGAAUAUUUAUUCUGCAGUUGUUCUUUUUUGUGCUGCUUACAGUGUUACUCUUCCUUUUAUAUAUUUGUAGUAUAAAAGACUAUACAAAAGACUAGGAGGGAAACUAAACCCAUUUUUCAUUCUGUGUGUUAUGUGAUGUAUUAGUUGCAAAGUUGACACCUUCUUGGAGUCGUCUUACCACAUUGUACUGACCUCCAGCCUACAAUGAAUUUAAUUAAAACUAUUGAGCACAAAUGUGAUAAUCAUAAUACACCUACAAACAUAUUGAUAUUCGUUACAUUGAAUUAAAAAAAUGAUGUCUAGUAUAUUUUUUCAGCUGAUACACAUCAACAAUAUUCUGCACUUGUAGAUAUGGAACUAUGGAAGUUUGCUCUAUUUUUGCUCUGUUCUUUAGUUUUUGUGUCCUGUCUUUUGUGUUACAUUGGAGAGUAGUCAGAAGUAAGGAUAAUAAUUUGAUAUUUCAAUAUGUUUCAUAUGAAUUGCUCUUUGAUGUUUGACAAUCAACCAACACAGUAAAAAGUUUAAGGUUACAUUAUUUUCCUCCAUUGCUCAAUAAAGUAUGCACUCACUGAAAAUUAUAUAACAGAACACUGAAAUUGUAAAUAUCUGAAUGUUACAUUUAAUAACUACUCAUGUCAUUAAAUACAAGACACAUCAGUUCCACAGUCACCUAAUGGAUUUUUUGUAUGAAUUUUUCAACUAAUAUUUUAUUUCAUGACUUGUUAGCCCCUCUUUCUUCAGUCACAUGUCUCCUAUUUUUCACAAAUUUUAGAAUGUUAAUAUCAGGAAUUUUUGGCCUUAGAAGUUUGUUUUUUAAAUAAUACAUUCUUCAGUAUAAACUUGGCAGUAGUGGUCUAGUGGAAAAAUAAACAGUUAUACCGUUGUGUAAAAUCAUAAAAAGAUGGUAUAUUGAGCAUUGGCUAUGAAGAGUGCAAGAAGUAUCGACCAUCACAUCACCAUGUAUGCAGUUCCAAUUUUUCAGUGAUGUAUUUGUAGAAAUAUACAUUUUUAUGAAGUAAUUGUCUUCUUUGAUUAAUUUAGAUACACCAAAAAGAAAAUUUAUCCAUAGUGGCAAGAGUUUUUUGAUUGUAUUGGAAAACAGCACACUGGUGGCAGUAGGCUGUUCAUCACUUGAGAUUCACCAUUUAUUUGAUUCAUCACUAGGUUCUUUAAGGCUUUCCAAGAUUCAUAUAUGUUUGACAUCGUGUCAACUGUUGGGAACUAUCUGAAUUGUUAUAUUAUUCUUAAAAAUCAGGUUUGCUUGGAUCAUUUGUAAUUAUUUUUAUUUUUACAAGAAAUCUUGGUGAACCUGUUUUUUAAGAAUAAUAUUUUGAGGUUUAUUAUGUUAUAGAUUUCUCUGGAAUUUGUUCAAAACAAAUGAUCUCUCUGUGCAGAUUUCAUUGUAGUUCACGUACAGGCAUACUUAAAUUACUAUAGAUUGCAUUAUUAGUGUUUUGAAGAAGAAGUAAAUUAGUUUCUGAACCAGAAAAGACAUUUUUAUCUUAUGUUGGACAUUUCAUCAUCUUCAUACUUUUGGCCUUUAAUUAUUGAGAGACAUUCUAAAUAGUAUGAGAAGCUAUUGUCCUGCAUCCACUUGUCUUCAUUUUCAGCUGUGUAUGACUGACUGUGAAAUCUGAAGUAACUAGUGAAACUUUCUUGUGACAUAUAUGUGCCACAGUGUACUACUUGAAAUGUAGAUAGUAUAAUAGUUUUCUUGAGACCUGAAUGUUGGUGAAUGUAAAUAUAUUAUGAAGUGUAAGUGCUAUCAACUCACAGACUACAUGCAUAUCAUGUGCACAGUGUCGGAGAAAAUGCUGACCAAGAUUAUAAGAUGACAAAAAGCCCAAGAAUGAUAGACAAAUCUGGGAGAUUUAAGAAAAAAAAAAAAAAAAAAAAAAAAAAAAAAAAAAAAAAAAAAAAAAAAAAACGCUGCAAUCCUAGUGACUUCAUGGGAUACAUUCCACAGUGAUUUUGCUUUCUGUGAUCUUGCUUAAGCUAUCUAUUCCAGCAAAUGUAUUUGUUUUCCUGUAUGUUGUUCUAUCAUUUGUAUUAAUUGGUUUCCAGAAAAAAGUCAGUGCACUCUACUUUAUUAUCCCACAUUUCCUUUGCAAACUAAAACACUGUGUUAACUGCUUGUCUUGAUAGAACAUUGUAAGAUGAUUUUUUUUAAACUAUGGAUAUCUGAAGAUAUACUGUUAUUUGUCUUUCUAAUAUUGGUCCUCAAAUUUCCUGCAGAUGUUUUGAAAGAAAUUGUGAUUUUAGUUUAAGAAAUCUGAAUUCAUAAAGGGCUUUGUAAGGAGGAUGCUUUUACAACAAACUGUGCAAAAUCAACAGAAUGAUAUGUUUUUUCCAAUUUGAUAUACCAAGACAUUUUUGUUCUUACUGUCAAGGGCACCCAUACCGAGGGGGUUAGAAUCCUCCCCUCCCUCAUUCCUCCCUCCUCCCUAGCUUUCAAGGAAAAUAAAAAAUAUGGUGUAGUCAGGUUUUUCAUUUAAAAAAAUGAUUUAAAAGUCAGUAUUAUACAGGUUUUUAACAGGCUAGAAUUGGAACUUUAUAAUGGCUACUUAUAAGUCACCUUUCAUCUUCCAAAAUAUUAAAAAUACCUCUUGAACUAUCGUAUGGGCAUUCUUGCUCACUAUUAUCAUUCCUUAUGCUGUCACCUUUACUUGAGUUAUUCAGGUAAUUAUAUCAGUGUUUUAACUAUUUUUCUACCCAUGAGUAAACCUAAUUGGUGUUAAAUGUAACUUUAUUCCUUACCUGAAGAACAGUUUAUAUGAUUUGAUUCCUUAUAUAACUUUUGGGGCAGACUACUAGUUUGUGUGGGGUCUUGCCCACUCGUCUCGUAUAGGGUGCCUAAAGGAUGCUGCAUUCUCGGAAUGCUGUACAACAGUUCAAGCAAAUGACAUUAGUAGUUUUAUUUCAAUAAAGCAGAUUGACAGUACUCAACUCGUAUUUACAAUAGUGUCGCAAGCGAUGGGCGACAUGCAACAUAAAUCAGUGUCCUUGGCUGUAUACAGAGUUCAUGCAAGUUUGACACACAGUUUGUGCAUCACUAAUAACUGCUAUCGUAGCACUCUCAGCUAGGCCGUGCUAAUACUCUGUGAAUACUGUCCACUAAUUUCCAGCCGAGGCUGGCAGAAGCGGUGCUUAAUUCACUUCGGCUAGAUGCCACUCUUAACAUGGCGAUGUUGUCUCACUGCCUUCUCUGGUCUUGCAUUCUUCUUCUUCGUUCCGGCACUUUUGUUUAUACCAGUGAAGUUUGCAUUUGUCAUGCCAUGGCAGAAAUUUUCUAUAUCAUAUGACUUGUAUUUACUUUCAAGCCUACUCUUGCUUUUAUUGUGCAAUAGUCAUCAUGUUAGCAAUUUAUUGGAAAAUGUCCACAAUAAGAAACUGAUGUAUUUGUUAUACUGGUCAUUCCAUUCCUGUUUACCAAACAGUAUGCUCAGGACUAUAAAGUUUAAAGUUAUUUUAAUUUCCAAAAUGGAUCUUUCCAUUUUUCAGUUUAAUUCUAAUCUUGAUUUAUUUAUUUUUCCUCAUUUAUUCAGAACUGUAUUUAGUUAACUCUUUCAUUUUACAAAAGAGAAUUCAGAUAAGAAUAAAUUACUUAGACAAGUAGAUGCACACAUGACUCUAUUGAUUACAAACGGUAUUUUAUAGAAGAUAGUGUAAAGUUAACCUGCCGUCUGGGAAACUCUUGAGGUGCAGAUUGUGUGUAGAUAAGUUUGUAAAAUAGAUCACAAGAUGAAUGUUUUCUGUGAAUGAAUUUCAGUUUGAUCAGGAAUUUUGUACGGUUAAUUAAUGGAAGACAUUGAAAGUGUCACAUUAUGUUAUUGUUAUUACUAUGUAAAUUGACCAAACAUGGCAUUAGAUGAGAAUCUGCGGAGUUGAUUUUUCACCUUUAUGUACAGAAAGUUUGAUACAAUCCAGUUAUAAGUUUAUUAUUGAACGUUUUUGAAAAAAAUCAGAUACUUCCAUUAUCUUCAUCAUCAUUGUAGUGCUCUGCAAUAUUUAAUCAUAGUUUCAUGUAGGUGCUAUACCCAACUUUUAUACUUUAGUCUUGUUGUUAUCCAAAGACUCCUGAUGUGCCAAUAGCUUUCUGUGGUUAUUUUGUAAAUAUCACUGUUAUUGUAACACUAAUUUGCAUGCUGCAUUUUAAAAUAGGCUGUAUGAAAUUAUUUUAUUGUUGUGAAUGUUGAGAUUUUUAUCAGUUUUUAUUGUUUUUAUUGAAAUGUUUUUAAAGUGGAUGAAAUCUAGGCAGUUGGGAGAUUACGUUCAUACUUUCAGCUUCCUUUUUUUUAUAAUUCUUUUCAGUUAAAUACAAGUGGUAACCAGUUUGCAUUCCAAAGUAUUUAAUGAUACAUAUUUCUAUUAUACCUGUUGGUUGUUGUAUCCUACAACUCAGUUGUUUAUUGAUGUUCACUUUGAGAAACACUCAUUUCAUUUUGGAUGGAACAAUGAGAGAAAAGAUGGACAAGUGGGUAGUUUGUAACAAGUGUGUCAAAUUUGUAUCAACUGUUACCAAAGACCAUGAGAGCAAAAUGAAUAAAACAGAAUGCAAUGAUA